CAGCAGCAGGAAGCAACCAGCCAGGAAGAAAAAAAUACACACAGAAAACAUCGAAUACACAUUUUAUAUUAUAUCAAUCGAAUGAUAGAAUAAAGAGAAGUAAUUGCAGUAGCAGUAACCACAAAUUAAUCAGCUAGCCGGCGUGAAUGCUACUUAUGGACGGAGAAAAGAAGAGGAAGAGAACAUCAAUCGUCGCCGGAGAUCGGAGUAACGAUGACGUAAAACCUACUGUGAAGGAGGAGGAGCCGCCGUCAGAGGCGGAGGUUAACGAGUUCUUCGCAAUUUUACGGAGGAUGCACAUGGCCGUAAAAUAUCUUCAGAGAAACGCUCAGAUUCAGCCGGAAAACGUUAACGCUCACGGCAGCAAGUUAACCGCAUCGCCGGCCGGUGUUAACGGAGAUGCAACUGGACAGAAGAGAGAACGGGGAAUCGUGAGAAAAGGUGAUUUGGACCUCAACACUUUGCCGGACUGCGGAGACUAACGCAGUUUAAGCAUAGGUUAAUUACAGAAAUGCACCUUUAAUUAUCGUAGAUUCUUAAGAUUGAUCUGCUGUACAAAUUAAUUAAAUGAAGCCUUUUUUUAUAUAUAUUUCUCUGAUAA